UAUGUCACAGCAAUAAACGGCAUCGCCCACGAGAGAUGUCGUCUUCGUCAUCUUCCUGUCAUCGGGGAUUUCAUGGCCCGGUCGCUCGUAGAGUAUAAAACCUACUCCCUUUUCACUCAAAAGUUCCUCAGAGCACAGUUUCAACCUCGGGAUUACCAGCCAACUCAGCCCUCGAAACUCAACGCUACGUGCAGCCCCUCAAGAUCAUAUCACCUCAGCUAUGUCUUAUACCAUUACUGUCCGCAUCUACCAGACCAACCCCAACGCCUGGUUUGAGACCGUCGAAAAGACGGUCUUCCUCGGCGGGUUCUGGAGCGAAAUCGACGAGAAACAAGUCCUCACCAUGGAGUGUAGUGGAACCUCCGGUAUCCUUCGUUUCAAGUCGUGCAAUGAGCACUUCAUCGUGGCACUCGGCGUGCAUAACUACAAGCGCUGGGUCGACGUCGCCACCGACCUCUCUCCGAGGGGGACCGCUACGGAUACCCAUAAGGACUACUACACGGGUGGGAGGGCUGCAGUUAGGGAGAAGCAGUUGGACAGGUUUGAUGUGAAGAGCGCGACCGGGAGGCAGAUCCAUGUCAGGUUUACUGUUGCUGACGGGAACAACCUCGAGGCAAAUAUCAUCAUUGGUUGAGUUUGUUGUGCUAGUUGUAACGACGAACGUUACAUACCCUGUCCACGACCAAUCUGUUCACGGGUCCAAUUGAUCUUAGCUACGAUUGUGCGCUUCUCGUUCCGCUUCUCUUGUACUUGUGCUCGUCGUUGCUUACGCUGUAGGCAUGAAAUGUCCUGGUUUCCUAAACAUUCGUGUUCACAUUCUGUAACUCGCCGUUGUCUCAAUCCCAGUAACCCAGUUCGUAUUCUUGCCUUUCUCGGAACCUUGUUUGAACCUGUUGGCCUUGAAGUUGCACCAGUAGUUUCUUGUCGACUGUUUCACAUGCCGUCAUUUGUCACUCU